AUCCUCUCUCCCUCCCCUCGCUUACACCCCUCACUCUGGCCACAAGCUGAGCCCAGCUCACACAACACACACACCCAUCACUGUAGGCGAUUCACACGCCCAUCGCAUCGCGUGCGGCUGCCACGGCCUCGUACACCCUUGUGCACGUGCAGGCUUAGUGUGUGUGGGGGGGGGAGGCGAACGGUGAUCCACCGCUGGAUGAGCAACCGCUCUGGGGCACGCGUCGCUUGCUCUCGAUCUGGGCCGUGUAUUCCUUUGACCAUACUUCACCGCGCCGGGGAACAGGGCUAGACUUUAGGUGGAGGUGUGGGUGGGUGGUGGGGGGACGCUGCCCUGCAGGUAUCGAUUUAGCGACGGACAAACGAAGCUGCUCCUGCUGCUGGUGACGACGACAAGGAGGAGGAGGAGGAUGAUGGUGAUGAUGAUGGUGGCGAGCCGAUCUGCGACGGGUGGCGUGAGCUGCGUCGCUGCGCUCCGGCGGGCGAUGCUCCCCGGGGCUCCGAUUGUGGCUCGGGGGGGGUCCUGCAUCGUGACCCCCUCGCCGACGGCGGCGAGGGGGGGCGUCGCUCGGUGGUGCACGGGGCCGCCCGCGUGCGCGGGACAAACCAAGAAGCGGGGUUACGACAUCACGCGGAACCCCCACCUCAACAAGGGCAUGGCGUUCACCCUGGAGGAGCGGCUCCAGCUGGGGAUCCACGGCCUGCUGCCGCCGUGCUUCCUCUCGCAGGACGUGCAGGCGUACCGCGUGAUGCGCAACUUCGAGGCACGCUCCAGCGACCUGGACAAGUACAUCCUGCUGAUGACGCUGCAGGACCGCAACGAGAAGCUCUUCUACCGCGUGCUCACCUCCGACGUAGAGCGCUUCCUGCCCAUCGUCUACACCCCCACCGUGGGGCUCGCUUGCCAGCAGUACGGCAUCGCCUUCCGGCGGCCCAGGGGCUUGUUCAUCACCAUUCACGACCGCGGUCACAUCUCCACCAUCCUCAACUCCUGGCCCCAGCAGGACAUCCGGGCGAUCGUGGUGACGGACGGUGAGCGGAUCCUGGGUCUGGGCGACUUGGGCAGCUACGGGAUGGGCAUCCCCGUGGGCAAGCUGGCACUCUACACAGCAUGCGGGGGAGUGCGGCCACAGCACUGCUUGCCCGUCAUGCUGGACGUGGGCACAGACAACCAGGCGCUGCUGGACGACCCGCUCUACAUCGGACUGCGGCACCAGCGAGUCCGCGGGGCCGACUACGAUGCCCUCGUCGGCGAGUUCAUGGAGGCGGCGACGCAACGGUACGGCAUGAACUGCCUCAUCCAGUUCGAGGACUUCGCCAACUCCAACGCGUUCCGCCUGCUCAACAAGUACCGCCACAAGUACUGCACCUUCAACGACGACAUCCAAGGCACGGCGGCGGUGGCCGUGGCGGGCCUGCUGUCGGCCCUGAGGAUCACGGAGACUCGCCUCUCCAGCAACACCUUCGUGUUCCAGGGCGCCGGAGAGGCUGCCAUGGGCAUCGCGCACCUGCUCGUGAUGGCCAUGCAGAAGGAGGGCACCGCGCGGGAGGAAGCGCUCGAGAGGAUUUGGAUGGUCGACUCCAAGGGGCUCAUCGUCAAGGGCAGGUCGAAUCUGAACCACGAGAAGGAGGUGUUUGCCCGCGACCACGCGCCGCUGCCAUCGCUGGAGGAGGUGGUGCGCACCGUCAAACCCACGGCCCUCAUCGGCGUGGCAGCAGUGGGGGGGGCCUUCACCGACCGCAUCCUGAGCGACAUGGCCACGUUCAACGAGCGCCCCAUCAUCCUGGCGCUCAGCAAUCCCACCAGCAAGGCGGAGUGCACGGCGGAGCAGUGCUACCGCGUCACCGAGGGCCGAGGCGUGUUCGCGAGCGGCUCCCCAUUCGCGGCCGUCUCCCUGCCCAGCGGCCGCAUGCUGCACCCGGGCCAGGGGAACAACGCCUACGUGUUCCCGGGGCUGGCGCUGGGCGUGAUCGCGGCGCGCCUGCGGCACAUCACCGACGAGGCCUUCCUCGCCACCGCCGAGAUGAUCGCUGGGGAGGUGACGGACGCGCAUCUGGCAGAGGGACGUCUCUACCCACCGCUCAGCUCCAUCAGGGAUAUCUCCUUCAAGAUCGCGGUGAAGAUUGUCGAGCAGGCGUACGCGAGCGGCAUGGCGAGCCUCUACCCAGAGCCGCAGGACAAGGAGGCGCUGGUUCGAUCCCACGUCUACAGCCCCGACUACGACUCCUUCGUCCCCGACUGCUACACGUGGCCGGCGGCCUACAGCAAGACGCAGACAGUGUGACGCGAGGGUCGGGGGCGGUGCCGAGAAGGGCGACGGCCUCGGGGGCGCGGGGGGGGGGAUGGGGAAGUCACCUGAGGUCAUCGUCCAUCCCGUCGGGGUCACUUGAUUUCGGCCCAUCGAGCUGACUGAACCUAAACUAAAGUUUUUUUCAAUUUGACCAGGUAAGGAAGGCUCACUGAGUUACAUGGUAGCUCUUUUGCAGAAGCGACCUGGCUAUCGCAGAUGAUAGCGCAGCCGAAGUGGCUCAUCGUCGCGUGGACAUUUGCGAGCAGCCAAAUACUCGAAAACGCGUGGUAACGUUGAUUCUAAAC